AUGCUCCAGGACCUACAGGCGAUGCGAUGCGAUGCGAUCGACGCGAACCUCGAUCUCGCCAAUGACGGCACUUGGGAGCUGCAGCGGCGUGUGAUGCGCAGCGUGGUCAAAGAAGUCGCUCGCUCACUGGGCCGCCGCAGCGAACGGGCAGAGACAGUACAAAGGAAGCGGCUCUGCUCGUCCCAAAAUCACGUCGUUCCGCAUCUCACUCCAGUCGUCGUCGUUGUCGUUCCAGCCGUACAGCCCGACACGCUGCUGCCCGUCAUCAUCAUCAUUGACCAGAAGCAUCAUCAGCCGCGCCUUGCCGUGUGCCUUGAGGCUGCGAACUGUGAACCCUCUUCCUGCACGAACCCAACAUUUGCCGUGGUGGAAGAGCCAGGCCGCCGCAGCCGCGCUCAGUCAAUCAGACGGAUAGCAAGCGCCGACCGCAUCGUCGUUGGACCAGGGAGCCCGAACACCCGAGGACAUCGAGCAUCUCCUCUGCCGUCAUCGCGCGGAAUUGCACACCGAGUCGACCGCCCAUCAACAUCGUCGUCGACGGCCACUGGUUACACGGGACCAAGACGUGCCAGAUCUGUGGACGACCCAGCGGCAGAAUUGAAGGUUCAGGCCAAGCCGCCAGUAUUCGCCCGCCCGCUUUCACACCGCCCUGCAGCAAGCAGCAGCGCCUCAUCAGUGCCAACCCGACGGCCAGUCUCACUCGCCCAUCACCACCUCCGGCCUCCGAAGACACUUCCUCCUCCUCCAUCACCACUGCGACCACAUCCCUCUCUGGUCGCUGCAUUGUUGUCGACUCCCUUGCGACACGACCAGCUUGACAGCCGCGUCGCACACAGACAGACGCCACCGCCACAGAUAAAGGACGCACGGGCAGCGCUCGGCAAACCUCCGCAUUCUGCCAGCGAUCAGAUCCUCCCCGCCAUUAGCAGCACCCAGCGCAGGCAAGUGCGAGUCGGGGAUUUGCGCGCACCUCUCUCCACGUCGCACCAAAAACCACUGCUUGCCCUGCCCUGCACCCCGCCAGGCAGGCCUUCGAUACAGACGCCCACCUCGAUCUCUUUGUGCGCGUGGGAGGUGUCGGCCCAGCCGUUCAUACCCGCCUGCAGCACCUCCUCCACCGUCGCCGAGCCCAAGACCGAGCCAGCCAGCAGCACCACCGCCGCGCUGACCGCCGCACGAACGACCGACUCAUCCUCGACCUCCUCGCCACGCACCCAUCCGCCUCCACGCGCGAGAUACACCAAUCCUCGCCUCAACACCUGCAGCCAGCCCGCUGUUGAAGAAGAUACCUCAGGCGGCCUCAAGGUGAGUGCUUGCGUGCUUGUACUGUCCCUCGCCUCGCUGUCCUCUCCCGGCAUCGGCGUGAGUCGCACACCGUCGCCUACACCCACAACGCUGCUCCUGGCGACGGCAGAGUAUUAUACCAGCCUCAUCGCAACGAGCCGGGCAUCCUCCACGUAUGCGUCUUGGCGACGCAUCAACGCUGCCUGUCCGUCGCCGACGCCUCUGCGUGCAUACCCCGACCCGCAAAUUUCAUGCGCCUGCAGCCAGCCGAACAAUUUGAUAUUCCGUCCAUGA